GAGAUCGACCUGUAAUCAAGAUGGCGUCAGACCAAAGUCUCUCGAUCUGACUCAGGAGUCAGAGAAAAUCUUAAAGCCGUGUCAGCAAGCCGACAACUUUCUUCCUGCACAGACACAAGAUCCAGUCCACAUUUACUGCAGUAGAAAGGAGAGAGGACUCGAAGAACUUUCUCCACCGUGGUAUCAACCCGUCGCGACAAGGCGGAUGGUGGAAAUCAGACGUAGCCACUGCGAGAGACAGACAAAAACAAUAAAAGAAGAAUGUGGUAGUCUCUUCGGUGCAGAUAGAACAGUAUUGCUCUGGUGCACAAAAGAUUUGAUCUCGAAGGAUCGUCGAUCGUUGCGCAUAAACAUCGAGUACGAUCAUGCAACGCUUAUACGUUGGUCUCCGGAUGGAAAAGCGUUUAUUAUUCACAAAGCUGUGGCAAACACUGUUGAGGUUUAUAAACUUGCGAAAAGAACUGAUGGCUUCCUGGCUGGAGCCACAAAGGCCGUGGAGUUCCCACAGAAACAUACGGAAGACGUUGUGGGAAUGGACAUUGCCUGCACCGGACGCUUUAUAAUCACUUGCAGUAAAUUGAAUGAUCUAAUAAUUUGGGAUUUAAAGGGACAACCUUUUGCGACGAUAGAUACGUAUCUUGGCACAACUCAUCGUGCUCGAAUUUCUCCCUGUGGCCGCUUUGUUGCUGCAUCAGGCUUCACACCGGAUGUCAAGGUCUGGGAAGUGGGAUUUAGUAAAUCAGGCGAAUUCAAACAGGUUGCAAAGGCCUUUGAUUUAGCUGGGCAUUCUUCUGGGAUCUAUGAUUUUUCAUUUAGUGCGGAUACGAGUAAUAUGGCUACGGUCUCUAAGGAUGGAACAUUUCGUUUUUAUAAUACAAAAAUCGAAUUUGAGAAAGGAGAGGAUCCACACAUUCUUGUUACUGGCAAUUGGGAAGUUACAACUCCAGCGAGUCUCACUUUGUCACCCAACGGUGAGGUUCUUGUAAUUGCUUAUGGAUCAUCUUUGGCCUUUUAUUCGACUAUCACUGGAAAUCUCGAUGCCACUAUAGAAGAUGUCUUUAUUGGUCCCAUUGUUGCUCUUGUUUUUGAUGCUCUUGGAGAGUAUAUCUUGGUAGCUGGUGAUAAGCAUAUCAAAAUAUUUCGAAACGUGACUGGCUACAGAACAUCCAUUCAGUCUGCUAAAUUGAAACUUCAACACAGGCAAACGUCAGCGACCAAGGAACGUCUUGAGAAAAAUAUUAUGGAUUGUGAAAGCUUCCUUCGAGGAAUGGAUGAACGUAUUGCUUAAGAAGAGAUCGGAGUAACUGUUCCAAGUUUUAUGGAAUAAUUCCUACAUAUUUCCUACAAAAACUAAAUAGUUCAUUUGAUAAUUUUACAACGCAUUACAAUAAAGGGUACAGAAUGCAUUUAUUAAA